AUGUCCCCCUGCUUGGUAGCACUGUUCCCCCUGCUCCUUGCAUAUGGGAAGACCUUGUGCUGUUUCAUCCUUGAUAGGGGCCACUCCCACUAUCAUCUGGGUGGUGGAUCACCCCCUCCUUCCUAUCAUCCAUCCUCUUUGUCCAGUUCAUCAUUGUGUAAGGCCCCUACCUCAUCAGGUGGCAGCCCCUUCCUUGCUCAACACCUGUGGGUCCAGCUAAACCAUGGAAGGUGGUGUAUAACAGCUGCAGUCCAGUACCUCCUCUCAUUUGUAGGUGAUAACCUUAUUGUGGUCCAGAUCAUGACAAAGACCAUCAAGCAACAGCACUACAAACACUUGUACUGUAAUGGGGAGUUAUACCCUAUAUCAAACCCAAUUAAAGUGCUAUAUGGAUGUGCCACAUAG